UCACACUAUUCUUCAUCUUUUCUCUCACUCCAACAAAACAAUCUCCCACAAAUCUUCUUCCUCUCCAAUUCCCUCACUUCCCUCAUUCUCUCUCUCAAGUCUCAACCCUUCCCUCACUCACACUCUCACUCUCACUCCCAUUUUAGAAACAAGAGAGAGAAACAAAAGUACCACAAUGUCCAUGUCCACCUUCACCUUGUUUUGCAUCUUUCUCAUCUUUGCACCUCUUCAGCUACUCUCAUCAGAACCCAUCAUCAACAGGAGGAUCCUCCACCAACCCUUCACACAAGGCUCCCUUCCACCCUCUCAACCCCCAAACCCACCACCACCAUCACCAUCUCCCUCACCUCCAAACCCAAAAUACCCAUUUUCCUCCACCCCCACAACCACCACCACCCAAAAUGCCUCCACACCUUUCUUCCCCACAUACCCAUCUCCACCACCACCUCCUUCUCCCUCCUCCUUCGCCUCCUUCCCCGCCAACAUCUCCUCCCUCAUCCUCCCUCAAACCUCCAAACCCAAAUCCUCCCACAAGCUCCUCGGCGUCGCCAUUGCCGCCGUCGCCUGCGCCAUCGCCGUCGUCUCUGUCUCCGCCUUCGUCUACUGCCGACGCCGCCGCAAAAACUACUCCGCCGACGAGAAGACUCUCAGAUCCGACAGCAGCAUCCGCCUCUUCCCCCGUGAAGCUCCCGGAACCGCCGGCAGCCGCAAGACGAGAAACGUCUCUUCCACCAGCUCAGAUUUUCUCUACCUCGGCACCAUUGUUAACUCCCGCGGCGAUGAACUCCCAGAUCCUCGCUCCGGCGGUGGCGGAGCUAGCUUGAAUCCCAGGAAAAUGGACUCGCCGGACCUUCAGCCUCUCCCGCCGCUAGCGCGGCAAGCUUCCAGACUCCGCGAUGAAACGGCGUCGGCGGACGAUGAAGAAGAGUUCUACUCGCCGAAGGGGUCUCUGGGUGGUCGUGAAAGCUCCAACGGAGCUGGAUCGGGUUCUCGGAGAAUGUUCAACGCCAUUGCCGCUGAGAACUUCGUCGGUCGCAGCAGCACUGAGUCGUCUUCUUCUACCUACUCCUCUUCCAACUCUGCUUCACCCGAUCGCUCUCACUCCAUUAGCCUCUCUCCGCCGGUGAGCAUAAGCCCCAGAAGAUCACUACCCAAGUCGCCGGAAACCGAACUGACCCACCAUUCUUCUCCUCGUAUUACUCCGCUGCCGACGCCGCCACUCGCCAGAAGCGACGGUAGGAGCUCGCUGUCAUCAUCCACGCUCUCAUCGCCGGAAGCUUUGUCAAACCCGCACGUGCAGUCUUCAAUGUCUUCAACGCCGGAGCGAGCCGUCACCGGGAAGUGUCAGUCUCCGUCGCUGUCACCGCUCUGCCGGUCGCCGGAGAGUAACCCAGAUGGGUCUAGUGUUGUCCUCGGAAAGUCUCAGUCCUAUCACUCAUCGCCGGAGAAAAACAAAGACGCUUCACCCAGGUUGUCCAAUGCUUCUUCCGGUGGCAAGUCUGUCUCUUCGUCUUCGGCGUUUUCUCUACCGUCGCCGGAGAAAAUGAUGGCGAUGCAUCACCGUCAUGGGUUGGAUCAGUCUCCGACUAUAUCAGAUGUAUCAGAUCGGUAUAGGCAUUCCCCACUUUCCUCACUUCCGUUGUCACCGACACUGCUUUCAUCGCCGGAGAGAGAGGUGAACCAUCAAUCAGCACCUUCUCGGAAGCAUUGGGAGAUUCCAGACCUCUUAACACCACCCAUUGUUGAAUCACCAGCUGUUCCAACGGUUUUGAUUCAACCAGGGGUGUCUCAGAGGAAACAGUGGGAAAUACCAGUUCUUUCAACACCCAAUAUUGCUCCUUCUGUUAUAGUUUCAGCCCCUCCUCCUGCUCCGCCACCACCGCCACCGCCACCACUGUCUAGGCAGCGUAAACAGUGGGAAGUACCUGUUCCUUCAACCCCUGUGGGACAAACCAUUUCGAGGCCGCCGCAACUGUCGCCUCCUUCUAGGCCUUUUGUGUUGCAAACCCCAACUACAAAGCUUUCUCCGGUUGAGUUGCCACCGAGUUCUCAGAAUCUGGGCGUGGUUGAGGAGUGUUCAGAGGAGGCAUCAAAACCCAAGUUGAAGCCCUUGCAUUGGGACAAAGUGAGGGCCAGCUCUGAUCGUGAAAUGGUUUGGGAUCAGUUGAGGUCCAGCUCUUUUAAGUUGAAUGAGGAAAUGAUCGAAACGUUGUUUAUAGUGAACACGCCAAACUCAAAACCCAAGGAUUCUACCCCACGUUCAUCUCUUGCCCCGCAAAAUCUGGAGGAUAGGGUAUUGGAUCCUAAGAAGUCUCAGAAUAUUGCUAUCUUGCUCAGAGCACUUAAUGUGACUAUAGAUGAAGUGUGUGAUGCACUGUUGGAAGGUGUUACUGAUACACUUGGAACUGAACUACUUGAAAACUUGUUAAAAAUGGCACCAAGCAAGGAAGAAGAACGUAAAUUGAAGGAACAUAAAGAUGACUCUCCAACCAAGCUUGGUCCUGCUGAGAAAUUUCUGAAGGCGGUGCUUGGUGUACCUUUCGCAUUUAAAAGGGUUGAAGCAAUGCUUUACAUAGCCAAUUUUGAGUCAGAAGUGGAAUAUCUUAGGAAAUCCUUUCAAACUCUAGAGGUUGCCUGUGAAGAGUUGCGAAACAGUAGAAUGUUUUUGAAGCUUCUAGAAGCUGUGCUUAAAACCGGGAACCGCAUGAAUGUGGGGACAAACCGUGGUGAUGCUCACGCAUUCAAGCUCGAUACACUUCUCAAGCUGGUUGAUGUCAAAGGCGCGGAUGGGAAAACCACUCUACUGCACUUUGUUGUGCAAGAAAUCAUUAGAACUGAAGGCGCUCGUCCCUCCAGCACCAAUACUAAUCAAACCCCAACCACGAAUGAUGAUGUCAAGUGUAGGAGGCUUGGCUUGCAGGUUGUGUCAAGUCUAAGUUCCGAUCUAGCAAAUGUUAAGAAGUCGGCUGCUAUGGAUUCUGAAGUUCUCAGCAGUGAAGUCUCUAAACUUUCCCAAGGAAUUGCGCGAAUCGCGGAGGUCGUGAAGCUGAAUGAAACGGCGGGGUCAGGCGAAAGCAGGCAGAAAUUUUCAGAAUCAAUGAACAAGUUCAUGAGAAUGGCUGAGGAAGAGAUUCUGAGAAUUCAAGCCCAGGAAAGCGUUGCAUUGUCCCUUGUGAAGGAGAUUACAGAGUAUUUCCAUGGGAACUUGUCCAAGGAAGAAGCUCAUCCAUUUAGAAUCUUCAUGGUAGUGAGAGACUUCUUAACAGUUCUCGAUCGGGUUUGCAAAGAAGUCGGCAUGAUAAACGAGCGAACCAUGGUGAGUUCUGCACACAGAUUCCCUGUUCCAGUGAACCCUAUGCUUCCACAACCACUUCCUGGACUAGUCCAAUUAAAGCGACCUCACAGCUCCUCAGAUGACGAUAGUUCAUCUCCUUAGCUGUGUUGUGACAUCUUGGCUGCAUCUUCUGUUAGGAACAACCUGAAACCAACCUCAGGUGAUUUUGAUGGGUCAUCAUAGGUGCAUUAUGGUCUGGCCCUUAUGAUUUUUUACCUUUUCUAGCUAAAUUGUAAAAAUCCUUGUAAAAGAUUCGAGCUAUAAUGUUAUAGAUUAUAUAUAUAGAGUAGAAGAUUUUCUUUUGGAAAAAUAAGCUUUGUCUUACAUGUAUGAGUAGGACAUGUAUUAUAACUUUAUGUACAAAGCUAUUCAAUUGGAGACACUUGGUUGCAAACUUUUUUAGGUGAUA